AUGUCCCAUGACCUGACCAGCCGCUGUGAUGGGGCGACGGCUCAUUACUCGACCGUCAAAGGGAGGCUUAAGUUUGGUCCAAAAUCACUUGGACAUCAACCUGGAAAGGUAGCAGGCCCUCAGCACCGCUCAACUGUUCCCCGACUCCCGCUUAAUAAUCAACUGGCGAAGACAACAUCGGACCAGAUAGCUUCUGAGAAGUCGGUUCUUUCACCGCCACCCGCACAGGUAGAUUCUAGUGCAAGUGGACAAUGUGGACAUCUAUCUCUCUUUGCAAUGCGACAACGGCGAUUGUUGCAGCCAGUAUGGCAGUUGAUAGUGGCUCAAAGAAAGAAUACUGCGGGAUGGUCUGUCAGUCCGAAAAUGAACGUUGUGGCUAAGUUGUUCUGGACGGGGGGUGCUCCGGACCUCAUUCAGAGGAAGAUUAAGGACAAUUGUACAUGA